AUGGUCUCGUCCUCACAUUCGGACCGAGCGCGCGCUUUCGGGAGGGACGCACAUGGAGCCGAUGACAUGGAAGCCAUUCCUGUCAAACAGUUUGUUAAACACAUUGGUGAGCUCUAUUCUAAUAACCAGCACGGGUUCUCUGAGGAUUUUGAGGAAGUCCAACGCUGUACAGCUGACUUAAACAUCACUGCAGAACACUCCAACCAUCCGGAUAACAAGCACAAAAACAGAUACAUCAACAUCUUAGCAUAUGAUCACAGUAGGGUGAAGUUAAGACCUUUACCAGGAAAAGAUUCUAAGCACAGUGACUACAUUAAUGCAAACUACGUUGAUGGUUACAACAAAGCAAAAGCCUACAUUGCCACACAGGGACCUUUGAAGUCUACGUUUGAAGAUUUUUGGAGGAUGAUUUGGGAGCAAAACACUGGAAUCAUUGUCAUGAUUACCAACCUUGUGGAGAAAGGAAGACGAAAGUGUGAUCAGUAUUGGCCAACAGAGAAUAGUGAAGAGUACGGAACCAUUAUUGUCACACUGAAGAGCACAAAAGUACACGCCUGCUAUACUGUUCGUCGUUUUGCAGUCCGAAAUACAAAAGUGAAAAAGGGUCAGAAGGGAAAUCCCAAGGGUCGUCAGAAUGAAAGGAUUGUGAUCCAGUAUCACUACACACAGUGGCCUGACAUGGGGGUUCCAGAGUAUGCCCUUCCAGUCCUGACCUUCGUGAGGAGAUCCUCAGCAGUCAAGCGCUAG